UCUCUACCACCACCACAUUUAAUUCCAUGCCCACGUCGUACGCACCGCUCCCAAAUCCCCGCUACGCUCCAGAGGAUGCGCAGCGCGAGCUUGAGGAUGCAUUCGAUUCCGACGACGAGGGUCAGGACACUUUCGAGCACACGCCCCUGACAAGCAGGUCCACGACUGCACAGACAGCGAGAGCCCUCCCUCCACGUUCAGAUUCUCAUUACGCCCCGCUCGACGCCGACUUCCCUUCCCCGAUCCCGACUCCGCAGACCGUACCACCCGGUGCAUACGACUUUGAACGAGACCGCGAUUACGACCAUCCCCCACCCGGCUCUCCCCCUAGCCCGUCUGCGAAUGUGCUUCCUGCCGACAUCGGUAAUUCAAAUGGCUUUGUCCCCACCUCCCCUGUAUGGCGGCCAUCACAUCCACCGGCCUCGAGAGUAUCGUUCUGGAGGCGGGCAGCGGGCGCACUGCUGCCACAACAUUACGUGCGUGUGCCCACUGAGGACGCACAGGUGUCCGCACCGAGGGUCAUAGGUGGUGGGACGGAAAACGAUGGAGUGUUCGCUAACGUCAGCGCGAAGCCGUCGCGGGGCGUCGAGGUCGUUGAUGCCAAUGGGGAAGUCCAUAUUGUCCCUGAAGAGGUCCAGAAGGAGACGCCUCCUUCGUACGCAGAGGCCCAAGCCGAUGCUGUCCCAGCAUACUGGGAGACGACCAUCCACGCCCCCGCGGCCGCAAUGGACCCUGGCGCCUACAUGAUCGUCGACGACCUCCCCUCCGGCCCUGUCUUCACCUUUAUCAUGACCGCCUUCGUGUCCUACUUCUUCCAAUUCGCUGGCUUCGUGCUCACAUACCUCCUGCACACCACCCACGCCGGCAAGUUUGGCUCCCGCGCCGGCCUCGGCAUCACCCUCAUCCAGUACGGGCUCAUCCAGUAUGGCGCCGGCCUUCGUGGGCACAGCGACAGCAGCGCCGGCGCCGCAGACGAUCCGCAGCCGUCGACGCUCGCGGACGAGAUCGCGAAGUGGAAUGAGACGCGGCACCACCUGCACGCCGUGCCGACCGGCACCCCGCUGAAUGCGUCCAUGCUCUCGUCGUACAACGCUACGGACCCGAGUAAUCCCAUGCUCGACCUCGACAUGCAGUUCGCGGUGAACUCGCGCGACUGGAUCGCGCUCAUUCUGAUGACGCUUGGCUGGUUCCUCCUCCUCUCGUCCUGCGUGGGCUUCUACCGCGUGAAGCGCUGGGAGGCGUCCAUCCGCGCGGCGUCGAUGCCGCAGGAGCCGAUCACGGAGGAGCAACGCGCGCGCGACGAGCAGGUCCGGCGCAACAUCGAGAUCGCGUUCGGUUUCGCGCACCUCGGCGACGAGGAUGAAGAAGAGGACGACGCGCGCGCGCCGCCCCAGCCCCCGCCCGAAGAGCAGCAGAUGUCCGAGGCCGAGCUUAGGCUCACGCGCACGCUCGAGGCUGCCGGGCUCUUAUAGCGCCAGUGGCGUUGAUCGUUUAUUUUAUGCCUAACUCUUGCUGUUGUAUUGUAUCGUCGUCUGGAGCCUUUGGUGGACGAGCAGGCGUGCUCUCAGGGCUGGUUGUGUUGGCUGGUAUGAAAACUUUGACAAAUUAUUUGUAAGGAUUCAGUUCGUUGGUUGGGAUGUUGCACAGGCUGCCGCUGCCGUUUUCUUGGGACGUCCCGCGUUAUAGCGCGCGCACGGUCUUUACCUUGUUCUAGAUCUCUGGGUCGCUUGCUCGAUUAUGGGACGGCCAUUCGCUUCUUUCGUGUCUCUCGACGCUAUACGUGUAUGCGUACUUUCGUCGCUGUAAUUUAUAGGUACUUCAAACUACUGAUGUCC